GACAGUUUGUAUUUGGCAGCCUUUCGAGUAAAAUCAACAUUUGAAGAUCGAGAAGUGUAUAUAUAUUUUAGAAUAUAAUAUAGUGAACUGAAAUUAACCAUUCAAGAAAAAGGAUAUUUGUGCUCACAAAACUAUUUAAUAAAAAAUUGCCUUGAAUAAAUAUAAUUAAUUAAAUAGUUGAAAAUGAUUUGUCCUAAGCGUACGUCCGAAUUAAUAGACCUGCAUUUGGCACCAUUUAAAGAUAAAGAUCCUGCAUGGGAAGUUGGUGUUUCGAAAAUUGCAGGCCGUGGUGUUUUCGCAACACGCGAUCUAAAACGCGGUGAAAUCAUUUUUCGCGAUAUGCCAUUGAUAAUUGGUCCUGCGGCGCGUAAAGAGGACACGUUGAAUAUGUGUACGAUGUGUUUUAAAAUGUUGCCCGAUACGAAAUUUAUGUGCCGUCAGGGUUGCUCCUUGCCUAUAUGUGCAUUGUGUGGUAAGAAGAAAGAACACAAAGCUGAUUGUGAUCUUCUCAAAUCAUGGGGACCCAAUGAACCAGACGUGGCUAAUUCCGUUGUUAUACGUUUAUUGUGUGUGGCGCGCGCCAUAAAUCUCACCAAGGAUCAACGUGAUCUUAUUUAUUGUUUGCAAGCUAAUUUGGACAAUAACCAUCGUACAGAGGUACGCAAUGGAGCAAAAUGUUUCAAGAACUUUCCAAAUGAUAAGAAAAUAUUCGAAAUUAUGAAUCGCACAGUGGCUGUUUUGCGUACAAAUGGUUUUGAUGAGACCUCUGAGCGCACAAAUGACAAUCAGGAAUUUUUCUAUCGUGCUCUGUUUCCACUCUUUGCUGUUAUGAAUCAUGAUUGUGUACCAAAUUCGUAUUAUACUUUCGAGGAGAAAACUAAUAUAAUGACCGCACGUGCUUCGGUGGACAUACCAGCCGGAACUGAGAUUACAACAACUUACACAAAACUAUUCACAGGAAAUAUCGCAAGACAUUUGUUUCUAAAAAUGAAGAAAACUUUUACCUGCAAAUGUGCAAGAUGCUCUGAUCCAACAGUAAGUUAA